AUGCGCGUUGUAGCACGAGAAGGGAAAGAGCUCAGUUGUUUCGUUGUGAUCAGUUCAGAAAAUAUUCAAAUGCACACCAUUGUUUUCAAAGACGUUAUCAGUGCUUGGUGUAAUUUUAGGGGCUCUAGGCCAGUCCCUUCGAAUUCUAAGGUUACUGGUACACUGUUGACGCAUUUACACGAGCACACGGACAAAAUCACCCAGUUUUUGAGACUUUUCCAGGUACGUCUACCUAAACUAGAGGGAGCACCUGAACAAAUACAUGUGUCAAAUAACGUCGCUUAUUUGCGGAGUCAUCAUGGUGCAAUUUAUUGCCUUGACCUCAGAGUGGGCAAAACCAAUGGACCAUUAGGAUUUCAUGAGGUGUGGCGGCGAGAGGUAGUGAAAUAUCAUGGACUGGUGACAUCGUUCGUUGUCGAUCCGAUCAUGGAGAACUGGAUGGUGAUGUGCAGUACGAAUAACGAACUAAUGCUAUGGGACUUGAGAUUUCAAGUGGAGGUCAACGCAUGGAAAACGCCACACGGAUUGCUACCGCUGCGUUUGUGGUCAAAUCCUUUAUCAUCACCGUAUAUUCAGACGCCGCCAGAAGUGAACCUUGCAAUAUUGAUUCAUAUUAAUACAAAUGUUUUUUUUAUUCAGGACGACCUGCGAAAUGUGACCACAGCGUUGAACGUUUGUAUGGAUACAGGAUUUGUAUACACGGGCGACACAGAAGGAAGCCUCCGUCGAUGGAACCUCAAUCGUGCACCAUUAUGCGAGUAUAUAAGCGGUCCCAGAGAGAUAACUGGUACGAGUUACAACGGAUUUCAACCAUUGGCUAUCGGUUGUUACAAAAGUUGUAAAUUUAAAAAGAUUUCCCAAAAGAUGCAAGUACAUUUGCAGAACUAUGCAUCGACCCGGCACCGAACAUCAAUUAGCGACGUGCUUUGUCUGCAAUCUGAUAUUCUAGUGUCUGCUGGUUCAGAUGGUGUAAUUAAGAUUUGGAAGUAA